AUGAAAAAAGCCGAAUGGUUGCUUGUGGAGAAUCAAUGGGGUGAAAUUGCAAUUGAAAAGAUCCAAAGGAAAUUUUAUGGAGGCACAGUGACUUCAAUAUUUCCAUUGGACCUACUCGAAGAGUCAGAUAUUGCGAAAUUGGGUUCUCAUAUAGCUGACGAAACUUUACAUCAUAUGCAUUGCUUUGAUCACCGACAUCUUAGAUUUAUAUUUCAUCCGUGGCUGGGAAAGUUUCUUCAACAUGGGUAUUGGAAAGAUCCGUCAUGGACCAAUUUCAAGUCACUGAAAACGGGAAUCUCGCGUGAAAUUCAUAAUGAACGAGAAGUAAUCUUUGGAAAAAAUUUGAUAGAUAUUGAAGGAAAAUCGACCUCCCAACUGUUAUUCGAUGAGGUGUUACACCCUUUUUACAUUUUUCAAGUCUUUUCUAUUAUUCUCUGGUGUAUGGACGAAUACUAUUAUUACGCAAUAUGCAUUUUUAUCAUUUCUGCUACGAGUGUUACUACUACACUAAUUGAAACUAAGCGGACGAUAAAAAAACUACGCGAAAUGUCAAGAUUUGAAUGUGAUGUGCGUGUGUUUCGUGGUGGAUUUUGGAGAGUAGUAAGUUCCGAAGAACUAGCACCUGGUGAUGUAUUUGAAAUAUCUGAUCCAAAUCUUCACAUUUUCCCGUGUGACGCUCUACUAUUGACCGGCGAUUGUAUAGUCAAUGAAAGCAUGCUUACUGGCGAAUCAAUCCCCGUCUCAAAAUUACCCAUAACCGACACAGCACUACGUAAGCUAGAUUUCUCGUCUCCAAACUUUAGUCCCGACGAUUUAAAGUACAUUUUAUUUUCUGGCACGAAAAUUGUUCGUGUGAGAAGAGCAAGGAAUGGGAACGGGAGUAAUGGAGCUUUUAAUAAUAGUAGUAGCAACAUUGACGCUUCAGCUGAAGAUGAAGGGACUGCUUUGGCGAUGGCUGUUCGGACAGGUUUUAAUACAACAAAAGGCGCGUUGAUUCGUUCAAUACUUUUCCCGAAACCGAAUAAAUUUAAAUUUUAUCGUGAUUCUUUUCGAUUUAUUGGCGUAUUGGGAGGGAUUUCAUUCAUCGGCUUCUGUAUCAGCACAUACAAUUUCAUUCGAAUGGGCGUCACAGCACACAUGAUAGUUGUCCGUGCGCUGGAUCUGAUCACUAUUGUGGUUCCGCCCGCUCUGCCAGCUACCAUGAGUGUUGGGACUAAUUUUGCGAUUGGAAGGCUCAAUAAGGAAGGGAUAUAUUGUAUUAGUCCGGCAAGAGUUAAUAUCGGCGGAAAAAUUAAUUUAAUGUGUUUUGAUAAAACGGGGACUCUGACCGAAGAUGGAUUAGAUGUAUUGGGUGUGCGUUCUGUAAAUCAUCAGACUCAUAGAUUUUCUGAACUCCAUACAACAACCGAAACUUUGUCAUCGUCAUCACCAAACUCCGUUGAACCCACCACCUCGCACAAUCACCAAAAAAACCAAAAAAGCACAAUAAAAGAACACCAACAAAUCUUAUUCGCCAUGACAACUUGUCACUCUCUCAAGCUCGUGAAUGGCGAAUUAAUUGGGGACCCGCUCGACUUGAAGAUGUUUCAAUUUACAAAUUGGGUCCUCGAAGAAGGUGGUCAAACUACAUCUUCGCGUUCUUCUGUUGUUCUCAGGUCGUCCUCUUCGGAUAAUUCUUCGACCAGCUCUUUGAAUACUACAUUAGGUGGCACAAGCGGUAUUGUACCUACAGUGGUAAGACCUCCGGGUGGAAGACAAUUUAAUUUGGCAGAUGUGCUUGGAAAUGAUGAUAAGGAUCGAGAUGAAAAGGCAACACCAUUUCUUGAAUUGGGGAUAUUACGCACAUUUGAAUUUGUUUCUUCGUUACGUCGCAUGAGCGUAAUUGUUAAACGGUUAAGAAGUCAUACUAUGGAGGUCUUUGUUAAAGGUGCUCCUGAAGUUAUGAAAGAAAUAUGUAGGGAGGAGACACUUCCUGAUGAUUACAAAGAACUACUGCAUUUCUAUACACAUCACGGAUACCGUGUUAUCGCUUGUGCGGCAAGAAGUUUCGAGAAUCUUAACUGGAUGAAAGCUCAAAAAAUUAAAAGAGAACAGGUUGAACAAGAUUUAGAUUUUUUGGGAUUUAUUAUUUUCGAGAAUAAACUUAAACCUAGUUCGGCACCGGUAAUUGAUGUAUUGAGAGGGGCAAAGAUUCGACAGGUUAUGUGCACUGAUAACGUCUUGACUGCGGUCAGCGUAUCGCGUGAAUGUGGAAUUGUAAGCAAAAAUGCACAAAUCUACAUUCCAAGAUUUAUUGAAGGAUCCUCUAUCACGCCACGAGCAACACUUGCAUGGGAAAAUCUUGAUAAUUCACAGGAUUUAUUGGAUCCGCGAACUUUGGAGCCGAUAUUGGCUCCUUCUCUUCAGGAAAACUCUGUUGCUCGUGCAGAAUACCCACCAAACGAUCGUUCUGAUUUCAAUCUUGCAAUUACUGGUGAUGUGUUUCGUUGGAUGGUUGAUUAUGGGAAUCAAGUCACUUUAUUAAGAAUGUUAAUAAGAGGAAGUGUAUUUGCACGAAUGUCUCCGGACGAAAAACACGAACUCGUUGAGAAAUUUCAAGAAUUAGAAUAUUGUGUUGGUUUCUGCGGAGAUGGUGCUAAUGAUUGUGGAGCAUUGAAAGCAGCUGAUGUUGGGCUUUCAUUGUCGGAAGCAGAAGCGUCAGUGGCCGCACCGUUUACUAGUCGGUCUACGGAUAUUCAAUUGGGACGCACUGAACCAUACCCACGAAUAUACCCAAAGAGCCCAACCGCGAGUCUCGUCUCCAAAAAAGUUUUAACCUCGUUGAUUGGUCAGAUAUUAAUUCAAUCGGGGUUUCAAUUUUUUGUGUUCUUCUUAGUUCGCAGACAACCUUGGUACACACCACCUAAAUUUGAUCCCGAUAGCAAAAAUAUUUAUUGUUUCGAAGACACGGUGUUAUUCCUUGUCUCAUGUUUUCAAUAUAUUUUGAUUGCGGCGGUGUUUAGUGUUGGGCCUCCUUAUCGGAAAUCGAUGGAAACUAACUUCCCCUUCCUUCUCACCGCCACAGUCCUCACACUCCUUACAAUAUUCCUCGUCAUUUACCCACCUGGGUUUGCGCUAAACAUACUCGAAUUACACGGCGACAUCACCUUAAGCUUUCGAUGGUUGCUACUAAUCAUUGCAGCUGCUGACUUUUUCAUUUCGUGGAUUUGCGAAAAGUAUAUUUUCCUUAGUAUCACUCAUGUGUUCGGAAGUAUACGGGAUGCCGGUUUUUUUAGCAGGGAAAAGAAAAUGUAUCAUGCUUAUAAAAAACUUUAUAAAAGGGUGGAAGCUGAAAUGGGAGUUCGAUGA